UAUUAAUAAUAAAUCAUUUUGAACGCACAAAACCGUUUCUAUUCAGGAAAAUAAUUGCUGAGCACUGGAGAGCUGUCAUAUCGUGUAAUUUGAAGUAAGAUGAAACAAGGCUCUGCAACAAGUGGCACCAACAACAACAACGCGUUCGCCAACAACAUCAUCAACGACAACAACAACGCCGACUGUGAAGACCAAUUGCAGCCGCCGCAGCAACUAUCAAAAUUAACUCAUAUUGUCAGCGAAUGGGAUGACGGCAUCAUAUUUGAUGUGGAUGAUCCAGACUUUUGCCCCGGCCCUUCAAACGUCGUCGCUGACAGGCUGACAACAGCCACAAAUAGCUGUGUGGCAGCGUUAAGGAAUCUAAGCUUGAUAGUGCCAGCAGCAACAAUGUCGAGUGCCAGCGUACAUGCUCCCCAAAUUGCCGACAUUUGCAGUCCGCUCUCUCAUCACAGCUUGGGUCUGUCUGCCUCGCUGCCCGAUUUGGUUGGCAGCCCAUUGGAGAUCAACAUGGACAGCGUGCUGACCAUUGAGGAGCUGCGCCAACAUUUGGGCUCGUGCUUUACAUGCGGCGUCUCCUGGACCGAUGAUCAUGUCUCGCUCGAUUGCAGCGAAUGCGGCGGCUAUAGCCUGGAGCGUCCCUGCCCUCUGUGUGAUGGCCAGUGUGGUGUGCAAUGGAAGCGUGACUUUGCUAUGUCGCAUGCAUGCAGCAAAGCACGUUGGGUUGGCGUCUGUCUGAGUUUUCCGGAAGCAAUGGCCGCCGCUGUGCAACAGCUGCCCGUGGCGAAUAAUGUGCCAGCAACAACGGCCACAUCGUGUGCUGCCGCCGCAGCGAAUCAGCUGCGUCUCGCCCAGGAGUUGUGCUCGCGCCUGGAGCAGCUGUCGACCGCAUCGUCAUCGGCGCCCAACAAAAUGACGCGUCUCUGAAGCGUUCGCCGUGGGCGUGAUACAGUACAGUGUUCCUUUUCAAAAUGUGUUGGCGCCACCUAAACUACAAGCACACGCACAAGCACAAGCAUCAUCAGCCAUUUGCCAUCAGCCACAUGCCACAUGCCACACCACGCAACAUGAGCCAACAAAACAAACACACAUAAAGUCCACACCACAUUUAUUAUUUUAUUGCUGCAUUGGAGAGAGCCGUUGUCAUGGAGGAGAAUCUCUCUCUCCCACUCUCACUUCAUAUUUAAAUUAAGUGCUUAAAUUAACUAAGCUUUUUAUUAGCUCUUAGUUUUUUCUUUUUCUUUAUUGAAUUCUUCUUCUGCUGGAAACCUUUUAUUGUUGUGCACGCGUUGAGUUUUAGCGAGAAUUAAUGUAGCUUGUGUUGAAUUAGCGUUAAGCAGUUAAUUAAUUAUUUGUUUACACUGUACACAAACACACACACACACACACUCUAUGCUUAUCUUAAAGAAGAAGAGACUACAUUUAGCUUGAACUUAAGUCCAGUUUAAGCGCCUUGCUGCGCAGUGAUAAAGGUGAUAUUAGCCAGAGAAAAUGUUUAACGCAAAAUAUUCGUAAACAAAUAGUGAAUUUAAUAAUUGUAGACAAAUGGAAAGUCCAACGAUCUUAAAUAAUUGUUAAUAUUUUUAGUUUUUAUUGUUGGUUUAACGAAUCGCCAAAUUUUUGCGCACAAAUCAAAAAAGAAUUAAAAAAUUACAAACAAAUCGUUGGAAAUAUUGCAAAAAAAGAAAAUUGAACAAGAAUCUUCCAUAGUAAGUCUAAUGCUCAACACACACAGAUACACAGAAAUCAGCAAAGAAAUCAAUGCAUAAAUCAACACAAAGAAUAAAAUGCUAAAAAGAGAAGAGAA